AUGUGCUUCGUUUACGGCAAAAGUGUGUACCGAAACAGUUGCGUUUUCUCGAUUAUUCUAUGUAAUAUAGUGUUUGGAUCGUAAUUAUUUUACUAUGGCUAAGAAAAACAAGCUAAAGGCACCAACGGUAAUCAAUAAAAAUGUGAAAAAUGGACAUGCUUCAGUAGAAGACUUGGAAGAUAAUUAUGUGGCAGAAGAAACCACACCGAAAGGCAAGCAAGCGUUGAAGAAAAAGAAAAAAGCUUUCCAAGAGGAACAGGAAGGCAGCGAAGAAGUUGGCCGAGGUGUAAAACGACCGAAGGAUGAUUCGGAUAGUGAGGAAGAAGGUUCGGAGCAGGAUAGCGAUAGUAACACCCAACCGGAGAAUGGCACGGAACCAGCAGAACCACAGAUUGCCAACAGUGCCUAUGAGAUAUUGCUAGGCAAUCAAGAAUUUAAAUCGCUCGUUGGAAAAGUUUCGGACAACACAAUUAAGGCCAUCGGCGAUAUGGGUUUCACCAAGAUGACGGAAAUACAGGCCAAAUCCAUUCCACCACUGUUGGAGGGAAGAGAUCUGGUUGGAUCGGCCAAAACUGGAAGUGGCAAAACGUUGGCUUUUCUCAUUCCGGCCGUAGAGUUGAUACAUAAGCUGCGGUUUAAGCCACGCAAUGGUGCGGGAGUGAUAAUCAUUUCACCAACGCGUGAACUAGCAAUGCAGAUCUUCGGCGUGCUGAAGGAACUGAUGACGUACCAUUGCCAGACGUACGGUUUGUUGAUGGGAGGAGCGAGCCGUCAUACGGAAAAUGAAAAGUUAGAAAAAGGCAUCAACAUUAUUGUGGCAACUCCGGGCCGAUUGUUGGAUCAUCUGAAGACGACACCGAACUUCCUGUUUAAGAACCUGCAGUGCUUGAUCAUCGAUGAGUGUGAUCGUAUAUUGGAGAUUGGAUUCGAGGAGGAUCUGAAGCAGAUUAUUAGCAUUUUGCCGAAAAAGCGGCAAACCAUCCUCUUUUCGGCCACACAGUCAUCCCGCAUGGAUGAGCUGGGAAAGCUGGCCCUGAAGGCGGAACCAAUUUACGUCGGUGUGGAUGACAACAAGAAAGAAGCGACAGUAACUGGGCUGGAGCAGGGCUACAUUGUUUGUCCCUCGGAGAGGCGUCUUCUCGUUUUGUUCACAUUUUUGAAGAAAAACCGCAAGAAGAAGGUCAUGGUGUUCUUCUCGUCCUGCCUGUCGGUUAAGUUUCAUCACGAACUGUUCAACUAUAUCGACCUUCCGGUGAUGUCGAUUCAUGGCAAACAAAAGCAAGCGAAACGUACCUCGGUAUUCUUCCAGUUUUGUAACGCAGAAACGGGCAUUCUGCUUUGCACGGACGUCGCUGCACGUGGGCUCGAUAUUCCGGCCGUCGACUGGAUCGUACAGUACGAUCCGCCGAACGAUACGAAGGAAUACAUUCACCGUGUCGGUCGUACAGCACGUGGGGAGGAUCUGUGCGGUCAUGCGCUGCUAAUGCUCCGUCCGGAAGAGCUUGGCUUCCUGAAGUAUCUGAAGCAGGCGAAGGUGCCACUGAAUGAGUUUGAAUUUUCCUGGAACAAAAUAGCCGACAUUCAGCUGCAGCUAGAGAAUUUGUUGUCGAAGAACUAUUUUCUUAAUCAGUCCGGUAAGCUAGCCUUCAAGACGUAUGUGCGCGCGUACGAAGGUCACCACAUGAAGGAUGUGUUCAAUAUUGGCAACUUGGACCUGGUGCAGGUGGCUAAAAACUUUGGCUUUACGCAACCUCCGUACGUCGAUUUCGGCAAGAGCUUCAAGAUACACAACUCCGAACGAAGACCAGGUAGUCGUGGGUUGGGACACUUCAAAACGCUCAACAAGGAGAAGAAGGAUAAGUUGAACAUUAAGCACAUUACGGACAGGAAGCAGUUGAAGAAGAUUAGGUAUGAAUAAUCA